CUCAGGCCUGGGUCUUCUUUCUCAGCUUGGAUGGAAGAAACUUGGGAAAGUACAAAAAAGAAAACUGCAACUAGUCGGUCAUCCUAUUAGGAGGUAGUCACAGUAAGAAAUAUUAAAAUAAAGGCCCUACUCUAGUACAUAUUGAUAAUGUAAUCACUAUUCUAUAACAGAGUGACUAAAAAUGAAUCAGAUGGUGGAAAAGAUGGGAUUGCUACUUUUAUAUAUUAUAAUUUUACUUUUGAACAUAUUUGAUUUUUCAUCAGGAAUAAUAUAUAAUAAAGGUGAUAUGGAGAUACACUUUGCUUGUGAUAGCAAAGGGUUCCCCCAAAAGAAUGAAAUAAUCAAGUUGUAUCUUUCCUCAGAUGACUUGAAAAUCGAGUGUUCUUUCCAAUCUGAAAGUGAGCUUACUUCGAAGGAAUUUCUAGGUGUGUUCACAUCAGGAGGACUUGCUCCCAGCUUGGGAAUUAUAAAUAGUACUUAUACUGGCAUCUUCCACUUUAAUUUAACUUUGUUCAGUGAUCGAGUUUACUGGGUGAUCAAUAUUCCCAGAGAAAACAUUACAAAAAAUACAGAUAUUGCAGCUGUAGAAGAAUGGUUAGUAAGGAUCACUUUACAGCAUGGACUAAAUAUUUAUACUACUGAAGGAACACUAUUGGAUAAUGUUCGAGAACCUAUUCUUCAGUGGGAUCUUGGGACUAUAAUGACAAAAAGCGAUAUCACCCAAGUCUAUCCACAUGUGGUGGAUCUCAAAGUGGCAAAGUGUCCGUGUGCCAAUGAUGUAGCAUUACUUGGCUUCGUUUUGAAUGCAACAUAUAAUGGUAUUUACAUAGGCCUCAGCUUUUCUGGAUUUUGGGAUUACAAUGAUACCAUGUGGUAUAACCUGACUGAUACAAUCUAUUCCCAACUUGGAGAAGAACACACAGAGCUUUCAGUGGUGGAUAUGGUUUUAACAAAUCACUUUUUAGUUAUCCUCACCUCUCUGGGCCUCUUUGUAAGUGGAGAUCUCCGUUAUCCGUCAUCCUCUGUCUUAACGUUUACAAGGGCAGACUUUUGUGGUUUCGAAAGGGUUGACUAUGUCAAAGGAAAAUUGUGGUAUAAUGAAAAAUGUUUUGCUAACAGAGAACACUUUGAAGUUGAUUAUGUUACUAUCACCUUUGAGAGAAACAGGACUCUAAGUGAGUCAAGCUCUUGUUUUUAUACCAAAGAACCAUUUCACGAAUGGUUACCUUGCUUACCUCAUAUUUUAAAAGGAAUGAAAUCUUUUCCUUCAACUGUGAUAACAUUUCUUGUUGACCAAGAGCAUAGUGCCGGAAUUUACCUCUUCUCCAGCCAAGUAGGCCAUAAGAAAAGCACCAUUGCCUCUGUGAGCAUCCUAAAAAAUAACAAGCCAGGAUUAAAACCAAAAUUUCCACUUUUCGUAUUUCCUUCAUCAUUCUCUUCUCCUGUUGGAAUGGUAUUCCAUCCACGAAGCCAUUUUCUGUAUGCUUAUGGUAAUCAGGUAUGGCUUUCAGUCGACGGCGGCAACACCUUCGAAUUAUUGGCUGAUUUUCAUGAUGAUAUCAUAAAGAAUACUUACCAUAGUUUUUAUACUUCAGAUAUUACUUUUGUUUCCCAAAGUGGAAAUGUUUACUUGACAAAGGCAGGAUUAACAAGAUAUAGUAAAAUUGGAUCUAUUUCUAAUAAGAUUUUCACAUUAUACUACGACCACAUGGGCUUUAUACAUAAACUGACUCCAGACCAUUUUGAAGCUGAUGUGUCACUCAGAACCUUUGGGAAUUCUAAAGGUAUUUUUGGACAGGCUCCUGAUAUGGGCUUUGAAACUGCCCUUGCACCACAGUACAUUACCUUAAAAGAAAUUAUCUUUUAUGCAUAUGUGCCUGCAAAUGAACCUCAAGAAAAUAUAUACACCAAGAAAUUCAGCAACAUGCACUUGGGAAAAGUGAUACACUCCAGGAAAACUGGAACAGCUUACAUAAGAAAGGUAUUACAACAUAACAUUCCUGAUGGAUUUUUGUCCUCUGUUAUUGCGGAAGUGAUAGACCCUUUUGGAAUAGAAGAAGUGAACACGAGCCCUUGUUUGUCUAGUUCCCUUUCCAUUAAUCGAACUGGAAAUAUCUUCUAUGAACUUACUCUUCAAUCACAAACUCCGGGUACUAAUUCCUCAUUUCAAGAUCUGGAUAUAGAGAAGACUGUGGUGAUUCCUGGUUACAGCAGCUUCCUGAUCAUAAGCGUUUUAGAUGCUAAGAAUGCUUUAGCUAUUGCUACCAUGCCUGAAGGAGUACUCAACAAUAUGACCUUCCCAAAAGACUCCUGGUUCUUAUACAACUUGGGGCACAGGAAUGGACGAAUGUGGUCUAUAUAUGCAAAACCAUGUAAUUAUUGGUUUCAACAUGAUCAUUCCCUGUCCCUCAAUAUCCUGAAAUACAUUGAUCUGGGGAAAUCUCGUACUUUAGAAGUUAAGGUCAUACCUAAUACAAAAGGUGUGCGAACACUCGAAAUACCACUACUGAAAGUCAUUGUUGGAAAUGCAAAUUUGUUGGAAGUUAAAGCUGAAGGCUCUUUUGAUGAUACUGAUAGUUACAUAAUGAAAAUUUCUGCAGCUAGCAAAGCUUUACGUCAAGGUUCAACCUCAUUGGCAUUAGUUGUCUGGGGAGCAUCUACUGAGUGCUUUGUCACAACAGUUGUACCAACGUUGAAAAACAGCUGUAGUUAUCUCAAAUCUAUGCAUCACAUUCCUAGUAAACUCAUCCCACUAGAAGACUGGAUUAGCGGUGUUCACAAAGACAGUCAGGGUUUUAAUAUGAUCAAAACUUUACCGAUAAACUACAGGCCUCCAUCUAAUAUGGGAAUUGCUAUUCCACUCACAGACAAUUUUUACCAUGCGGAUCCCAGCAAACCUAUACCAAGAAAUCUAUUUCCUAAGUCAAAGAGAUCUGGUAAAUUCAAGCAGUGCGCUAACAUGUCUACUCGGGAGGAGUGUAACUGCACAAAUGAUCAGAAGUUUUCACAUGCUGUUGCUUUCUCAGAUUGCAGAGAAAAGGUUCCUCGUUUUAAGUUUCCAGUUACACAAUAUCCAGUUUCUUUGGAAAUUUACAGUGAGGAUGGACGUAUCCCAGUGGAAACUCCAUAUCUGGUUACCGUGACAGAAGUGAAUAAGAGGGAAAACUGGAAACUAAAACACAGUGUACCAGACAAUGUAAAAAAGUUGAAAAAUUACUUAGAACCACGUCUUAAUGCUCCAGUGUAUAAUCCUUUAGGCCUCAACUUAAGUAUAAAGGGCUCUGAGCUUUUUCACUUCAGAGUGUCCGUUGUUCCGGGGGUCACUUUUUGUAACUUAGUUGAAGAAUUUCAGAUUUAUGUUGAUGAAGUACCAUUGCCAUUUCCAGGACACACACUCAUAGCUGUUGCAGCGGCUGUAGCGCUGGGGGGGUUAAUUUUUACAACAUUUAUGUUUCAAAUACGUAACAUCCACCCAAGUGAUAUGUGCCAAAAAUUGAUGAGGAGAAACAAAGUGAACUUGUCAAAUUUCAGCAUGAAUCAGAUGGCUCAUAGAUCAAAAUCUGAAUAGGGAACCGGUGAUAAUCACAAUUUUCUCUGAAUGUCCUGGCUUUAUGAGACAAUUCCUAGAACAAUAUAUUUAAAUGUUAAUAUAAAAACAAGAAAAAAAUACUUCAGGAUGACCAUUUAUAACUCAAAUCGCUACUCGUCAAAUAUGUUUACUGUUCUGUUUUCUUAUUUUAAAUAUGUGGAAAAUGUCUUCUGUUAACGCUUACAUAGAAGAUUUUCCUUGAAGUUUUUACAAAACUGUAAAAUGAAUAAGCAUCUCUGUGUGGACUGCGUUUUCUGUAUUUUUUAGCUUGGAAUGGGGUUUUGGUAUUUUUUGGCUUUUAUUGACUAGAGCCCAUGCUGUGGGAUCAGGACACCCGAGCCUUGCUCUGUUCAAGAAAGAACAUGGGUAGAAUGCAGUCAUGCCAGAGAAAGGCAGGUGUCGGGGAGGCUCAUCUGCAAGUGUGCUGGCAGAGCUUCAUGGGAAUUAAAGAGAAAGCCAUUUGGGUUUCUUGAAGCAAUUUCAAAACGAGAUAGUAGUACCUAAAAAGAGGGAAAUGUGACCUCCAUUAUGGGGGUGUUGGAAGAACACUGGGCAAGGUAUUGGUUUACAAACCUACAUACAAGCAUGUGGAAUUCCAAAAGAUGUACCUCUGCAUGCUCUGUCAAAGCACCCGUUCCCAAAUAGAAGAUGACAAUACAUUCCGAGAUCAGAGCUAUAGUCUCUUGGCAAAGCUCUGAAGGAGUGGCACACUGCUUUGACAACGUAAGGAGAAGCUAAGUAUCUAGUCCAGAAGAGUGUGUUUUCCUCAUAUACCGGGAACCAAGAAAAGCCACAUGACAGUCUUGGUUUCCAAUUCAGUGGAAUCAUUAUCGUGUUCACAGAAAGAAGCACUGCUACACUGGCUAGAGAGACCCCUUGUUCAGGACACAGAAAGCAGAAAUCUCAGUAGGGUUUUAUUAAGUGAAAUCAUUCACUCUCCAUCCCUUGUCUCCCAAGUGACUGUGCUGUAGCUAUAGGAAACCACCCUGUAUACUGGGGAUUAUGACACGGGACAUAUAUUCCAGCAACCAGGGAAAUUGCCAGUGUCCAAGGGGCCAUUGUGCAUGAACUUUCAACAGACCUUCUCCUUAUCAUAAGACCACCCGUUUCUGGGUGACAGAGUAACAAUAAUGCAGUGAAUCCCAGAACAUCAACGCAUUGCCUCACUUGUUUUUGUGAAGUUGCGGACAGAGUCAGAGGCAAAUUUGCCUCUGAGAGAUCAAAACACUUAAGAAUCCAUACGUGCUGAAAAGAUGAUUGUAUCUCCCCAAGCGUAAUUAAAAUAAA